AUGUUUUCAACAUCUCAAAAAGGUCUCUUGCAGGGCAUCUUCGAUUCCGCACAACAUCUCUGGUCAGGACAUGGAUUACCUCGAGCAUUCUCUUCCUGCGAGAUACGUGCUGCCCGGCGAAUUCCUACGGAAGAGGAGUUAUCAACAAUGAGUGCCUACCAGCGAUGGUACUACAAAAAACGGGAUGAUCCUAUCUGGUGGAGAGAAUAUCUGGACAGUAAGAGACCGCGGACGAAGGAGUACCUUGACAACAUGAAGCGAACAGGGAGAUAUGCGCAACUCAAAGAAACCGGAUUGGCAAACAAGAGGGAAGCCUUUGAGUGGAAGACCCACCUGCCUGUGGUAUACCCCGAACGAGUUCGGAAAACAUGCAGCACGUGUCAUGCCUAUCAUGCGCACGGUGCAAGACUUUGGUGGCAAGAUCUGCACGAUCCGGACAAGUUCGUCUGUCAGAUCUGCUAUACAAAGAAUGGUAUAGCAGCGGCGAUGCCCAAGGGCCACGAGGACUUUGUCAUGGGUUCUGGGAAAUGGCCGAAACCAUAUGAUUUCAAACAAGGCGCAAAGUCAUCGCCUGAGCCAAAACAUCAGAUACAGUCGUCGACGGCGUCCGAGACGAUGCGGGGCUAUUGCUGUCCAACCUCCAUCUACAACUUACCUUUCGGCCUUCGCUUUUGCACCACCAUGAACAUUACCAGCACUCGUUGUUCACACGAAGAGUAUCUCGAAGCAACUUACGCACACCAGAAGGAGACAGGAGGACGACAUAUACCCCUCUUCGACAUUCUCAAGGAGCUCUUCCAAGACACUAUACAACCUGACGAGGCAGCAACUCGGUUAUCUUCAUUCAUCUUCUUGGACGAUGAUGUUUCGUCUCUAUACUCUGGAGUCCUCUCAACAAUCAUCGGCGCAGCACAAGAACUUUCAGAAACUGGCAAUCUCGAAAAACUCGCCAAUCUUGUGCUAGCACUUUCGAGGUUACUCGAUGUACGAAAUCAAAGCUCUGAGACGCUUCAUCUAUGCUUCAACCUCAAGGCACAUGACAUAGCACCUGGUCAAGUCCUCAAAGUCGACGAUGGUAAAAUCUGGUCACAAUUACCUGGGUUUGCCACUGAUCUUGGCGACUGUCCUACAGCCUACAUUAACGACGGGGUUCCCGAACACAUCGCUGAACAACAAUGGACGAACCAAAACACUUUUGCCGCUAAUCUCAUCCACAGCAGCAGCGACUCUCCCUGCAGCUUUGACUUUCUGUAUCAAUUCGCCUUUCGCGUCAUUGCGGAUUCAUUAGAGUGGGAUGCUAGGACUGUGGAAGGAAUGGAUUCUUUACAUUCUUUGCGAGCGGCUAUGAGAUGGAUUGAAAUUGCGGGAGACGAGGUCUGGGAAAGGACAAGGACAAAUGGGGGUUGGACGGUGGCAGGACCGUUGUGGUAUGAAGAGUGGGAGAGGCAAGGGUCUGACGACGAAGGGAGCGAUGCGCAUAACUCGGUUACACCGGCUCGAUGGCUCUGGUGGGCAAAAAGGCUACAUGAAUUGGCAGAGAGCAACAUGAUUGAUGAGGAAGCAAAAACCAUGGCAGGGGCUUCGGCGCACAAGAUGAGAGAGUAUCAAGAUGAGAGCGACGUGGGAUCUAGAGAUAACGAUGAUUGUUUCCUUACCUGCAUCGUCGACUAUGAUGUCGCCCGGGCGUGGCUUGAAGUUCUUCAAGUCGAAAUCGUAGUUGUGAGGGUCACGGUCUCGGGGUUGGCUGUGGUGCCCGUUCUCCCUGCAAUGGUUGGCGAGAACGUUGGCGGCUGA